CGCGGGACGUUUCCCUUGCACUUCUGUUUUUGCCUCCUCUCUCGCCUUCCAACGAAACCCUAAUCCUCGUCCCCGUCGUCUCCCAUGCCGCCCCCUGGAAGUCGCGGACGCGGACGCGGACGCCACGGCCGGCCCAGCCUACCUGCGGAGCAGCGUCAGGAUCACUUUGCCCGGGACGGCGCACCACAGACCCGUGCCAUGGACAGGCCUUUAUGGGGAGUCUCUGCGUCUGGCCGCGCCGGCCACGCCUGCGGCAGCGCCGACCAUGGUCUCUCCCGCCCUGGCCGCUCCGAAGGACGCUCCCGCCGUCGGCUUGGCUCUGCACCGUGUCAGGAACAUGGACCUGCACAGUUGCGACGAGAACCGUCUGUCUCGCACUUAAAUAAGUUGCUGAGCACUACAACAUUUAUGGAAUCCUCGACUCUUGGGUCGCCAAUUCUGGCCCGGACACCUACUGAUUGGCCGAUGACCUUCUAUAUCAGAAUUGAUCGCAGGGGGUCUUUCCAUACAUAUCCUCAUGUGGGUGGGCCAUUUAGGAAAUUGCAAGAAGUUUACAAUGCUAUUGAUCGCUAUCUUGAGGACCGCCGGCAUCCAACAAUGUUCAAGGAGCAAGAUGGGGUUUCUCUAAUGGACAUUGCUAUACGAGAGGCUAUGUACUGGCCUGAUGGCAGUAGGAGGAACGGCCCAAGAUCACAAAUGAUUGAAGAAAGCCAUAGUGAAAUGCGUUUAUUAGUUCAAGCUUUAGUGGACAAGUAUAAUGAUGAUCACAACCGUUUUGGGGAUCUAGCACAUGAACUGAAAGAUGUUAUGAAGUACCAAUAUAUCUCCGAGGGCCGUGGGUACUAUCAUUUCAAUUUCACUACGAAGACUAAAAGAGCUGAUGCUUUUGGAUGUGACACCAACAAUCUAUUCUUUGUCGAAGUCAAAGUCAAAUUUGUGAAUGAAGAAGAUGAAGAAUUGGUUGUCAGCUGUUUCUGUAUGGUUAAACCUAAUGAUAAUGGCCACUGCUAUGGUUGUGUAAAUAAUGGAAGUGUUCGUAUGAAGCACCCCAACAAUGCUGCUGCAUACACUGGUGGUCACUUGGAUUUGCCAGCUGGAUGUUGUAGUGGAGACUGGAUCGACUACGAUGAGGAUGAGAAAGCUGAGGAGGAUAAUAUAAGAUAUAUGUUCAAGGGCAUGGAUGAUCCAGAGUUCCUGAAGGAAUUCUUAACACUCCCGCCUGGUGCAACACCUAUCGUGUAAAUGGUGGAAGACUAGGGAGGGCGCUGGAGUGGGAUAUAAACGGCUGUGUGUAUUUGGCGAAACCUUUUAAUGUUAAUAUUUCAAUUCUGGAGGCAUCCUAGUCUUUCAAUUCUGGAGGCAUCCUAGAGAGUGGUAUUGAGAGAAACCAUUUGGUUUAAGAUGGUCCUAUUUAUAAAAAGUUGUUAUACUUGAA